CAUGUGAACAUCCAGCAUUGUGAUGUUUCUCAUUGUAGGAGCUCAGAAGUUUAAUGUGGAGGGUCCAGCUGUGCCUGUUUUUGCUGCUCCUGGUUCUGACAUCGUUCUGCCGUGUUCCAUCAAACCCACCAUGAGUGCUGUGGACAUGGAAGUGAAGUGGAGCAGAACAGACCUGAAUAACACAGUAGUGCAUCACUAUGAGAAUAAAGAAGACAAGAACAAUGGUCAGGAUCGUUCCUACAGAGGGAGAACAGCUCUGUUUGAAGAGAAGCUACAGUAUGGCAACACCUCACUGCUACUGAAGAACGUUAAAGUGUCUGAUGGAGGACAGUACACAUGUCGUGUUGAUUCUGUCCAUCAGCAAGAUCAUGUCAGUGUUCUGCUUAAAAUUGAAGCUGUUGGAAGAACCCCAGAGAUCACUGUACUGGGCACUGAUGCCUCAGGUGGGGUUCUUCUACAGUGUGACUCUAAGGGCUGGUGGCCUGCUAGUGGCCUGUACCUCCAGUGGCUGGACAGUAAAGGAGCAGAAUUGGCUAAAGUAACAGAGUCCUGUGGAGAUGAUAAAGGCUUUAAUGUGAGACUCCGCCUCACUGCACUCAAGAGUGACACCAACACCUACAUCUGCAGAGUGAAACGGGAGCAGAACAUGAUGCAGGAAAAGAUCAACAUCACUGAUCACUUGCCCAGGCCUGACUAUACAGCAGCCAUCGUUGUUCCAGUUGUACUGAUCCUGCUCUCAGCACUCGUGGGUGUCGUGUAUUACAGAAGGAGAGCUAAACAGGAAAGAGUGAAGAGAGACAUUGAGACAGCUGACUUGUGCAUGAGGAGAGGAGGUGAAGAUCGUCUCGGUGGGAUGAACUUCACUGAUGCUCAGUGGGCAUAUGUGGAACACACUCUACUUACUUCAGAAGAGGAUCUGGAGGAGUUUGACCUGAGCAAAUAUGACCAAUCAGAGGAAGGUUUUCUGAAGCUCCAGAAAGUGGUCAAAUCAUGCAGAAAAGCACAGUUGAGUAACUGUAAACUCACAGAGAAAAGCUGUGAGGUUCUGGCCUCAGUUCUCACCUCAAACUCCCAUCUCACAGAGCUGAACCUGAGUAACAAUAAACUGUGUGAUUCAGGAGUGAAGAAACUCUGUACUGGACUGCAGAGUCCAAGCUGUAAACUGGAGAAACUCAGGUUGUCUAACUGCAGUAUUAGAGAGGAAGGUUGUGCUGCUCUGCCUUCAGCUCUGAAGAAAAACCCCUCAUCACACCUGAGAGAGCUGAACCUGAGCUACAAUAAACCAAGAGACUCAGGAAAACUACAGUGA